GCGAAGCCGACAAUUAACCCUUUCAUUUGUGGUGAUGCCCUUAGGUGACAGGACUAGGGCACUAAUGGUUUUGGAUAAAGCUUAUGCAUUAUUGAAAUCUGUAUAUCAGCCAUUUACGGACUUUUUCACAUUCAUCUGAUAGGAGUUUGAGUAUGUAUACUAAAAUCAAUAUUAACCUACUUGAACCAUGCUCAAAGAAGGAACCAACCCGAGUAUUACUACAAAAAGGUGAAGACACUGUUCGUUCUCUUUCCAGGGCAAACAGCGUAAUAGUCUACACAGAUGGUUCCUCUGAUAUUGACUGUAACAGAGGUGGUGCUGACAUCUCCAUCACUUACCCCUCAGGAAAUGACGUCAAACUCAAAAUACCCACUGGCCAAAUUGCUUCGAACUUCACCACCGAAUUAAUCGUUAUUAAAGAGGCUCUUGCCUAUUGUCGCUCCCAUUCUCUAAAAGACUCAAUAAAAGAAAUUGUGAUUUUCUCAGACUCAAAAUCAGCACUCGAAGCCAUACAUAACCGUAAUACAUCAAUAACGCCAGAAAUUAAUACCCUUCUUCAUUUACUAAAUAUCCGUUGCACUCUCCAGUGGAUCCCAGCUCAUGUUGGAAUCGAGGGGAACGAAUGCGCAGAUGCCCUUGCAAAGGAAGCACGCGACGAUGAUCAACCUCGAGCUGUCACCUGUGCAGAUGCGAAUGCUGUCGCCAGACGAAGAAUAUACAACCAGCAUUUGUCCCACAGUGGACUGAUCGUUAAGACACGGUUCCCAGCAGAUCCCCGAAGUCAAGCGUGUGCGGUUGGGUAA